AUGCUCGAUAUUGACGCACCAAGUCCAUCUGCACCAAUUAUGCGAUCCUUUAUUCAUUGGAUGGUUGUUAAUGCACUUGGUGGACAGCUAGAACCGCAAUCUACUGUCCAUCCAUACAUCAGUCCAAUGCCAACUCCGGGUUUGGGUGCACAUCGCUACGUUUUCAUGGUUUUCGAGCAACCCAAAGGCUUCACUAUUGAUCCGAAUGCAACUGUUUUAGACAGAAACAAAUUUAAUGUCGCUGAAUGGGUUAAACAAAAUACAUUAUUUGGUCCGGUUGCUGGUAAUUACUUUUUAGAAGGAAAUCCACCGAAUCCAAAAUUCAAUCUCGCUUAA